AUGACAAUUAAAUGGUUUAAAUCAUCAAAGAUCACACGAAUUCAUUUGUUAUCAAUUACACAUAACAAAGAUCAUCCUGAUCAUGCCGAUCAAUGGGAACAUAUCGAUGACAUCAAGCAUUCAUUGAGUACAUUGAAAUUAGAUGAUAUUAUUGACACCACCACAAUAACAAACAAUAAUCAUAAUAGUGGUAGUAAUAAUAGUAGUAAUACUAAUAAUAGUAAUAAUUUGAAUUCACAAAUCAAUAAUAAACUUAAAUCUUUAUGGGAAUCAUUAAGAUCAUCGACAUCCAGAUAUCAAAGAUUAUCAACAACAGAGUAUUCAAUAAAACAAUACUUUGAACAAUUACAUCAAUAUCUAAUCAGAGAAGAACAUAAACUACAAAGAGAUAUUAUCAAUGAUAAACAAACAAUCACAAAUCAAAUCGAUAAUAAUAUUAAUCAUUUAAAAUAUUUAUUAAAUAUUAUCAAUAUAUUUAAUAAAUUAAAUCGUAAUAAUGAUAAUAGUAGUAAUGAUAGUAUUAACAGUAGUUGUGAUGAUCAAUCGAUUAUUCCAGAUACAACGACAUUAUAUUCAACAACAACAAUAAUGGAAUCAAUAACAACAAGUUCAUCAUUACAAUCAUUCAUCAAUCAUAAUAAUCAAACAUUAUUCAAUGAACACAAUUAUAAUAAUUAUUUCGAUAUUGAUACACUACUUAAACAACAUUCCUCAGAUUCAUCAUCAUUAUUAUUAGAUAUCAUUCAUAAAUACAACAAUCAAUUCAAUGAAUCCACUACAAUCACAGACAAUAAUAACUUAACAUUAUCAUCAUAUAAAUUAUCAAUCAAACAACCUGAUUUCAAUCAAUUGAAUUCAAUCAUUGAACAAUCAAUCAAACGAGAAGAUUGA